GGGAACACAAGGUAUCUCUCAGGAGAAUUAAGUAUCAAUAAGAUGUACAAAUUAUAUCAGGAGUUUUGUAUUGACAAACAAGAAUUACCAGUAAAAGAGUCCUAUUGCAGGCAUAUUUUCAAUACGGAAUUCAAUUUAAGAUUCCACAAGCCCUAUAGUGAUACCUGCAGUCAUUGUGACAAUUUACAAAAUUUAAUAAAAUAUUCUACAAAUGAAGAAGACCAAAGCUGCACCAAAGAAAAGCCCAGAAAGCAACAGAUGCCAAAAAAGCUGAUAUUGCUGAAAAUAAAAAUGAUUCUAAAAAUACGGCUGUAAUUUUUUUUGAGUUGCAACAGGCAUUGCCGACGCCAUUGUUAACCACCUCUAAAGUCUUUUAUCUUCAUCAAUUAUGGACGUAUAAUUUCUGUGUCUUUGACUUACUGACUGGAAAAAGUUAUAUGUAUAUGUAUGGAACAAAACUAUUGCAUCCAGGGGCUCAUGUUUAAUAAAAUUUGUGCAAAGCCUUCCAUCUACAGUUACGAAGAUUAUUGCAUACAGUGAUUCGUGUGGAGGACAAAAUAAGGAUAAAAACAUUUCUAAACUAUUUAGUUUUAUUGUUCAAGCUACACAUAUAUCUGAGAUUCAUCACAAGUUCCUUGAACCCGGACACACUUACAUGGAAAGUGACCGUAGUUUUGGCUUAAUCGAGAAGAAAAACAGGCAAAUACCGCAAGUUUUUGUCCCCGCAGAUUGGGAGACUGUAAUAAGAGGCACAUCGGCCAAAUUUAUUGUGUACAAUAUGAACAAAGACGAUUUCUACUCUUUUUCGCCGUUCAAUGAAAUUAUGAACGAUCCAAAAAAAAUAGUGACG